GUGACAGUCCAAGAUGAGCGACGCGUAGCUGUCAAACGGAGUUCAAUCUGUUUUUAUUUUGAAAAUGCGCCAACAAUCCUUUAAAUUUUCACGUGCGUGAUAAAUCAAAGGAGAUGUAUUUUCCGAUCGGUUGGCCGAAGGUGUUCAAGAUACCCGAAUUGGGUACGGCGCGAAUUAAGCAGGUCACUUGCAACAGGGAUCGGGUUUUAUUCGCUAUUUUAACCGACGAUUCUGUUGCUGUUUGGUUUUGCAAGCCUUGUGUGCCAAUUAUUUAUCAUAAGCGUUCGUUAGAAUCAUUAGAAAAAUAUGGUCGCAAUGAAAUUAUUGAAUGGAAACCAGAUUCAUCUAUGUUGGUUAUUGCGACAUCAGAGGGGCAUUUAUUGUUUUAUAAUUUAACUAUUACACAAGAACAAAAAGGGCUUUACAUUCAAACAGAUUCACCCCAUGCAAAUUUUCGAAGAGAUAGCGCUGAGUUAUUCAUAAAAGAAACAAUACCACCUUUAAAAUUAUCAUUGGCGGAAAGUGUGUUUGUAUGGGAUGGGAGAAUAACGAGUAUGGUUUGUAUAACCUUAACAGAAUUAAUGGUAGCAACUACAAAAGGACAUGUAUUGAGGUAUAAAUGGGAUGGAACCCAAAAUAGGGAUUAUAAUUUAGAUUUAAGACGUAUUCCGUUUUGUAUUAAUCAACAAGUUUCUAAAGCUGUGCCAAUCGUAGAAGAAAAUACCUUCAUCAUAGAUAUUGAAUACUCUCCAUUAAUCGGCGGAUUUGCAAUCGUUUUAAACGAUGGUCGAGCAGCAUUCUUAACAGCAUCAUCUUUAAAAUUUGAUCCCAACCAAGUUCAAGGAAUUUGGGCUCAAGGUAUCGAAGACGCAACCUGCGCCACAGUUAACCAUAAAUAUCGAUUAAUAACUUUUGGCAGAGCAAAUUCUGAAUGUAUUGUUUAUUAUGUUGAUGAAACAACUGGUGGAUUAGGUGUUUCGCAUCAAUGUGUAUUAGGAAGUAAAGAUUAUCCGGGUUGUCCGGGCGCCGUAAAAACGAUUAAAUGGACGCCGGAUGGUUGCGCUUUAGUUGCCGCGUGGGGUCAUGGUGGAAUCGCGAUGUGGUCGACAUUUGGAGCUUUGUUAACGUGUUCUUUAGGUUGGGAUUACGGUUUAAACGUUGACUUAAAAAAUGGAAAUCCGCUUCAUGUUAUUUCAAUGGAAUUCGCAACUGAAGGGUACCAAUUAUGGAUGGUUCAUAAAGAAAAUAAUUCAAGUGGUAAUGAAAAAAGUCGUGAUGAUAACGGUAAUAAUGAUCAAUGUGAAGAUAACUCUUAUGGAAGUAGUAUGAUUCAAUUGGAUUUUGUUAAAAGUGCUUUAACGAUAAAUCCUUGUAUGAGCCAACAAAGUAAUUUGUAUCUUCAAGGGGAAGAUAAAUUAUACGUGAAUUCCGCUGAUACGUUAAUUAAAAUAUUUUCUGACCGUUCUUGCAAAGAGGAAAGUGUUUUUGGGGAAUCACCAAGUUUAAAUUCAAGUAGUUUGUCUGAAGGUAGACAAUGGUUAGUUGUACCUGUUCCGUCCACAUAUUCUGCGACAAAUUGGCCUAUUAGAUAUUCAGCAAUUGAUAAUUCCGGCCAAAAUUUAGGUAUAGCAGGUCGAGCUGGAAUAGCUCAUUAUUCAAUGCAAACUCGCCGUUGGAAACUAUUCGGGAACGAAACUCAAGAAAAAGAUUUUAUCGUAUCGGGAGGAUUGCUUUGGUGGCGCGAUUAUCUCGUUAUGGGUUGUUAUAGCAUUUUAGAUAACAGCGAAGAACUCCGUUUUUAUUCGAAAGACUGCAAAUUAGAUAACAAAUUUGCGAAAAUCGUAAAAGUAAAUUCACCCAUUCUGAUAAUAAAUAACCUUCAAGAUCAACUAAUCACGUUCGAUGGAGACGCUUUAGUCACCAUUUGGGACUUGAACUACACCAAUUCUUCCGGCAAUAUUGAUGUUACAAAAUCGCAAAUUGUCGAUAUUUCUUCGUUGUGUGUAUAUCCAGCUUGUAUAGUUUCCGUAACUUUAACAACGUUUCGUACUGAAACUGGACGGAAUCAAAAUUCGAAUUCAGAGAGUAUUGUGUUUAAUAUUAGUGGGAGAUUGCUUAUGGUGCAAUUGGAAGCUAACAAUGGUGAUAGAUUUACGUGUUCUAUGCCUACGGUAUUAGCUGGAUAUGUUGAAAGCGUUUGGGUACCUGGGAAAAAGAAAUUGGAUAAAGCCCAUCUAACUGAAGCUUUAUGGUUAUUUUGUGGGGUGUAUGGAAUGCGAGUUUGGUUACCAAUUUGUCCUAGGGAUGGAGAUAAAUCCCACACCUUUAUGUCUAAACGGAUUAUGUUACCGUUUCAAUUAAAGAUUUAUCCUUUAGCGAUUUUAUUUGAGGAUGUUAUUAUUUUGGGUGCGGAAAAUGAUACCGUUUUAUAUGCCACGGAUAAUUCUCCGUUUUCGUUACCUUUUAGUGUUUUACAACGAACGAGUCAAGUUUAUUUGCAUCAAAUAUUAAGGCAAUUAAUUCGGAGAAAUUUGGGUUAUCACGCAUGGGAAAUUGCAAGAAGUUGUACUAAUUUGCCUUAUUUUCCGCAUUCAUUAGAAUUAUUAUUACAUGAAGUUUUAGAAGAAGAAGCAACUAGUAAAGAACCGAUUCCUGAUGCUCAACUUCCCAGCGUAAUCGAAUUCAUAAUGGAAUUUCCGGUGUACCUUCAAACUGUAGUUCAAUGCGCGCGAAAAACCGAAAUAGCUCUUUGGCCAUAUUUGUUUUCUGUCGCUGGUAAACCAAAAGAUCUCUUCCAAGACUGCAUGGCGAAAGGGCAAUUGGAUACUGCAGCUUCAUACCUUAUAAUCCUCCAGAACUUAGAGACGUCUUCUGUUAGUAGACAGCACGCGACGCUGCUCUUAGAUACCGCUUUAGUACAAUCGAAAUGGGAACUAGCCAAGGAUUUGGUUAGAUUUUUACGUGCGAUAGAUCCAAAUGAUGUUGAAUCCCCAAGAACAUCGUUUAUUCUAACGAAUAAAUUGGGGAUGACCCCACAAACACCACCAGUUAGUCCAAACGCAGAAGACAUUUCUUUAGUACUUGGAAACGUGCAGAGAAUGAGGAGUUAUAGCACGACAAUUAGUCCAAAAACUCCUGAUGCUAAAUUGGGAACUAGUGCACCUGCUAAUUCCAUCUUGGAAUCGCCUAUUAUUGCUAGGAAGAAAUCGGUUCCUUUAAAUACAUCUGCAAAAAAUGAAAAUAAAGAACCUAAUACUACAACAGCAGAAGAAUUUUUUAUUGAUGUAAUACUUCAACGCCACGCGCGAAGACUUCUUAGUGCACAUCGUCUCGCUGACUUAGGUUAUUUCGCCGCUCAUUUAGAUUUUCAUCUCGUAGCUUGGUUGGGGAAAGAGCGUGACCGUGCUGCUCAAGUAAACGACUCCGUAACAGCUUUAAAACAACUCCACGAUGAUUUCAACUGGCCGUACCCAGCCGUUUUAUUAGAUAACGAUCCCUUCAAAUACCAAUCCCCUCCUUUAAGCCCAAUAACAAGCAUCGACGAGAAAAUAAAAGAAAUCCAAACAGAUAAUGGAACCAAAAGUCACAUUGGUGAUAGUGGUUACACAAGCUUUCCAGGAGUACCACCUUCAGGAAUAAUAAACCCUUUAAGUACUUUAGAAUUAUCGAGUCAAAUAGCGGAAACGGAAAUCGGCGAAACCGAUAUCGAAAGUCAAGCGGAUACGUUUUAUAAGGACCAAAAAUUUAAUGAUAUAUUCGAGAAAAAAAUGGUUUUAUACGAUGAUAAGGUGCAAACCAGAAAGCCGUCCGUAAUUGGUAGUUUUAAGUUAUUAGAAACGCAAAUUAGCGCGAAUAUUUUGGACGAGUCCGCAAUGAGUAUCACUUCGAGUGUUUGGGGAGAUGAAAAGGAGUUGGGGCAGUGUUCAGCGGAAAAUUGGGAGAUGCCUUCGUCCCAACUUUUAGAACAAUUAUCGUCUGGAGGGAAUAAAGGAUCACCUAGGGCGGAAGUACAAUUAAGAUAUUUGUUACAAUUAUUCUUGGAAGCUGGUUGUUUAGAAUGGUCCUUAUUGAUUUCUGUUUUACUCCGCGAUGCAAUGGCAGUGGUACGAACGGUAAACGCAGCAAAAUCACCUGAUCAAACAAUCGAAUCUGUGGCUCGCCUAAAACAGGGUUUACAAAUACUUUAUUUUUGGACAAACAAAGAAUGCCUAGGUUACCAAACGUUCAUGUUAGCAAUUCACAAUCAACUUUCCGUCCUCUCAACCAUUCUGGCCACAAAAAUUCAACAUCAACAAAUUUUAGAACACCAACAAGCCGUUUCUGUUACGUUAAGUAAAGUAUCGGCGGCCAGUGAGGGUGGAAAACGUACUCGUAAGGUCAGCUCGACCAUUGAAACGUCUAGUCAAACGUCGAACAAAGACAAAAGGUCCAGCGUAAGUAGUAGUUUAGCUACGAAAGAACGGCUUAGCGAGGUUUCGAGUUCAGGUGGUCUAAAUGUAAAACAGAGUGUUGAUAAAAUCGUUGCGGGUAGUGAUAAUUCCGCUAGUUCCACCUGUGUUAUCUCAUAAAUGAUAAUGAAAA